CAAUUGCCAGUUACUUGCCAGUUCGAUUUGACUCAAGAUGAAACGACUUUUGGCUCUGCUCUGCCUGAUCUUGCUGCUGCCACUUUUCAUGGCCGAAAAUCCACCAGUUAAUUUUCCGUCAGUUAAUCGAGAAAAAGCGCCAAAGGUGUCGCCACCAAAUGCUGCAAGGGUGGGAUCACGAACCCUGGAAAGUCUGAAGGGUCUUGGAUAAAUUAUUAAAUAAAUGAAAUUAAUUCUAAAUAUUACGUAAAAUAAAGUUUAGAUUUAUGACAAAA